AUGGGUGACAACGGCCCCUUUGUCGCGAAACCGGCUCGAGGUUGGCUACAUCCAGAUUCCGUAUUAGCCAGCGAUGGAAUAACUUAUGCAGUCAGAUAUAUUGGUUGCAUGGAGGUCCUUACAUCUAUGAAAAAAUUAGACUUUGAGACAAGAUCUCAAGUAGCAAAGGAAUGUAUUGCAAGAGUAUGUGCUGCGGCAGGAUUAAGAACGGCUGAUAAAAAGCGUAGAGUUUGUCAAGCAGCUGCAAACGCUUUAGCAGCUAGACCUAGAAUGUCACAUUCUGGCUCGAAUGUAGCUUUAACAGUUUCAUCGAGGGCUAUAAUACUAGCGGCUCUUGAAGGAGGUGAAACUAUCGCAAGACAUGAUAUGCCAAGGGUAUCAUUUGCAUCCGGAGGAGAUCAGGAUUCAUUAGAUUUUGUGGCGUAUGUGGCUAAGUCUGCCCCUCCAGCGGAAUGGAGAGCAUGUUAUGUAUUAGAGUGUGGUGGUAGAUUGGCUCAAGAUGUCAUCGCUACCAUCGGGCAGGCGUUUGAACUUCGUUUUAAAGAAUUCUUAACGAAACCUACAUCCCUUAACAUCAAUGGCUCUCGUCCAGUAUGUGGUUCUUCAAGCGAGGGUUUGGAAGAGCGAGAGUAUUACAACGACAUGCCUGACAAAAUGCCCCCGGAGCCUACCAGUCACAGACACCCGCCUCCCCCGCCGCUAGCGACACUCGCACCUAUAUCAUCAUGUGAGGAGAGUGUACGUCACUAUGUCAACCAAACCCCUCCACCACGAACACCACCGACGGCGCUUCUGCCUAAUCAUCACACUGAUAUAUUCGACAUGCAGCCGUUCACAGCGGUGGCUGCGUCAUCAGCGGCGUCUACUUCCCCGUCAGUAGUAGAGGAGCCUCCGCCGGCUCUCUCCGCGGCCGCUCAGUGCGCGCUGCUGGCCCGCGAGCCCUGGUAUCAUGGACCUAUAUCAAGAACAGCUGCUGAAAAGCUGGUAGUUGAGGACGGUGAGUUCCUGGUGCGUCAGUCGGCCGCGUGUCCUGGACAGUUCGUGUUGACGGGCGCAAGACGAGGGGCGCACAAACAUCUACUGCUGGUCGACCCUAACGGAGUUGUGAGGACUAAGGACCGCGUGUUCGACAGCGUGCCUCAUCUCAUCAAGUAUCACUGUACUAAUGAACUGCCGAUAGUAUCUGCUGACUCAGCGCUGCUACUUAGACUCCCAGUACAAAGACUUUCCUGA